GAGGCGCUGCCGAACGGGGGCCUCUGGUGCAGUGCAUGCGGCGCGGCCUGCUGGGCAUGAUCCUCCACGUGUGGGCGCCAGCGCCUGCGGCCCCCUGCGCCCCCGCGGGCGUGCGCGGCGGGGCAGGAGAUCAUGGCCUUGCUGCGCAGGGGACCGGGCAGCCGCGUGCCGGCGGCGGAGGCGGAGGGGCCCGACGCCGAGCUUUUCGUGCCGAUGCGUGGCGGCGUCCCGGUGGACGAGGAGGUGUGCGGCAAAGGCGCAGACUUUGCCGAUAGCGGGGGGCCUCCGGAAGCUCCGGGCGUCUGGGGCGACGUGUACGGCGGCGAUGUGGGCGGUGGCUGGCUGGCGGCUAGGAGCCCUGUCAGGCCGCGGUCGUGCUGCGGCGACCGCGGCGGAAAGCCGCUCGGCACGGCGUUCCGCUUCGAGGUGCUCGGCGGCGACGAGGCGCUGGCGGUGGAUGUGCAGGACAUGCCCCCCAUGCGGUGCCUGCUCGCAGGCAUGGAGCUGGGGGCGGGGGCUGGCCGUCGGAGCGGGCGGGGCGGCGUCGGGGUGCCCGCGAGGGCCGUGCCACGCGCUGGGAUGCCGCCCAGGUCUUUGCCGCCCGCACGGCCGUCUCGUGGGUGGAGGCUGCGGCGGAGCGGCCUGCGCGUACGUUUACAAACAGGCCACGUAUAGGCCGACAGUCGGUUUUUGCCUACCCCGCGCAUCGGCCUCUCAAAGGUCAACGCGUGGCUUCUACACAUGUCUACCAUAGGUCUACGGGCAGCGCACGCCCAGAUUUAUGAUAGAUCAGUUCCAGGUAGCCAAGCGCUGCAUACACCUGUACAUAGCACUCGCGCUUGCGUACCAUAAGCCUGCGCAGAGGCUACGCCUAGGCGCAAGGCGGGCCCCAAGUAAGCCAGUAGUGGGUCGACGCCCCGCGAUGGGCCUGCGCACAGCCUGCGCAUUGGCCUGCUAUAAGCUCACGCACAGGUCCAGAAUGGGCCCACUGUGAGCCGGCGCCCCUCGAUACGCCUACGCACAGCUUGCGCGUAGACCUGCCAUAGUCCCAUGCACAGGCCAUGGCUGGGCUCGCGGUCGGCCCAUCUGGGGGCCUUAGGCGGACAGAUAGGGCGCCGACGCCCUGCGAUAGGCCGAUGCGCGGCCCGCGCGUAGGCUUAUCACACGCCUGCGAAGAGGCGAUGCAUAGGCUCAUGGUGGGCCUCUGGUGGCUGCAUCGUCUCAUGCGUUGCCUCCACUCCACAUAGGCUAUGCAUUGGCUCAUGGUGAGCUCCACGAGUAGGCUCGUGACUUGCGAACUCAAGCGAAUAAUCGUGGAUUGAGGCCAU